GUUGGACAGCAUUUGGAAUUGGAAUGAAACAAUAAGAGGUUACAUUCAUGGAUAACCAACAAGAUAAGGCUGUUGUUGCCUCAUCCAAUGGAGAAAACACUCUGAAUAAUGGGGUCAAAGAAAAUGAUUCAGAAAACCAGGAUAUGGCAAUGAAGUCAUUUGCAGCUCUAGAGGCUGCUGCACCUGUCCAACCUAUACCCAUGGUUCAAAAAGAGACCCUGAUGUAUCCCAGGGGUCUCUUGCCUCUUCCCUCCAAGAAGCCCUGUAUGCAGAGCCCUCCCUCUCCUUUAGACCUGAUUGAAACACCUGAGCAUGCUGCUAAUAGUGCUUCUGUGAAUGCCAUCUCCCUUACAUCUGGCACUGGAAAAGGCCUAAACACAUGGUCGCUGCCCAAUGAGUGUGAGAAAGCUUCAUUUGCCAUAAUGGAGCCUGCAGGCUUGUCAGCUCUGAAUGGGGACUGCCUCAUGCAGCCAAGCCGGACUUGCUUAGGCUGCUUCAUGGAAUCCAAGGAUGCAGUAGAUCCUGAGCCAGGGAUCAGUCUAAAAGUUGGUGAUCUAAAUAGGGAUUAUGAAACUUGUGCAGUCUCUGAUAUAGGGAUUCAGUGUAUUAAUGCUGGAGAAAACAUGAAAUACGGAGAGCAUCUUCUCUCAGACCAGCUUCUUGGCUUCCCCCUACACAAAUCAAGGGCAGGAGACAGACGAGAAGCUGAGAAACCUGACAUUGACUUGGAAGAUCCAGCUCAGAAAGGUUAUUAUGAGGCAUUACUGUUAGAUAAGUGCAACACGGAAGAGGCUUUGCUGGCAAAUUCCAACCAGGACUGGGGUUACUUUGAGACUUUCAUUAGUGAGAGUAAGAUUGAACUGCUUGACCUCUGUUCCAAGAAUGAGCUGUCUGUCAACCUUUUCUCUGAAGAAGAUGUGGAUAACUACAUGUUCGAUGAUGAUGAGUCAACACUGGGCAGUGAUGUCUGCUCCCUGAAAAUUCGAUAUGAGUCCUUCCAGGACAAUGUUCGAGACAAGACCACCCUUCUGAUGCAGGAGGAUGCCCAAUUCAACUUUUUUCCCAGUGUAUUUAGUACCUGCCCCAAGCGGGAGUGUAAGAGUGGGGCCCUGAGGCAGAGUAGUGAUCUUUCCCAAUUCAAGGUCCCUGACGUGAGCAUUAUCUGGGGAGAGGAAGAUAAAAAUCUGGACAAAAAGAAAGGAAAAGAAGUACAGGAAGACAAAGAUGUAGAGAAAAAAGAUAGAGAUGAAAAUGGAGAAAAAUCUACCUUAAAUAAACCAUGCAGUGGGACUGAGGGAGGGCAAUUUAAGAAUCCAAAACAAGGCCAUGUUGCCAAUUCCUUGGAGGCAUCAGGGAAUUUCAGUGAUGACAGUUCCUUCAUUGAGGUCUCUUAUGAUGCCAUGGGGGAGAUCAAAGACUGUAGCCGCUAUAUGGCUCGGGACAAUAAUUCUGGUAGCUCCUCCUCCCAGCAGAACUAUGGACUGCGAGUAAAGAGAAAAGUCAGGUACAGUGAAGAUUAUCUAUAUGAUGUUGACUCACUAGAAGGUGAAAAAGUAAAUGAGAGGAAGGAAUGGCUGCCAGAUGGUUUCAAAGAAGAAGAUGACGAUGAAUGGUGUCCUAAAAAAAGGAGAAAAGUAACUCGUAAAGAGCCCCCUGUUAUUAUCAAAUACAUUAUCAUCAAUCGCUUUAAAGGUGAGAAGAACAUGCUGGUGAAGUUGGGUAGGGUGGAUGCUAGUGAAACAACAGUGAAUUUGAGUGAGCAUCAGCUAAACAAAUAUGCCAAGCUGGCACCCUUGAAGGGCUUCUGGCAGAAGAAGAAGAAGCAGAGAAACAGCAGCACAGACUCCAAAAAGACACACUUAUGCCCAAAGCAAAUAUUUGAAUCAGGUAGCUUUGAGGUAUCAUUCCUACCACCUGCUCGCAAACGAAAAUGUAAACUUGGCAACAGGCACAGGAUUCAAAGAAUCCCAUCCACGGAACCUUCCGCAAGUGGUAAGCAAGUUUCAUUCUGCAAUGAUCAGAGGCAAGCUAGUAGUCUUAAAGAAGAUGGAAACCUGAAAAAUACAUUGAAAUUACCUUCUCUGGCUGCUCCCAGCUGUGCAAAUGGAUCACAUUUAAAUAACAUCACAGGCCCUGACUCAGUGAAACUCAAAGCCCAAGAUACAGAAUUUAAGGGGCCAGAGAGGAAAGUGCUCAACAAAAUCAAAUUUAAAAGUGAAGCCAGAUUAAAAUCUAAGAAAAUCAAAGCUGUGCAAGAAAGCAAGGCAGUUGUUCAAAUGAGUCUUCUUUUGGAAGACCAAUCAUCCAAGGCUAAUUUAAAUAAUGAAACUAUUUCUGGGACCUCAAACAGUUCCCAUCUAUCUGAAUUUCAUGAGGCAAAGGUUGCUAAGAAUUCUGCUUUCCUACCAACAACUUGCUCUUCUGAAAUGCCUCUGUCAUCUGCUAAUGUUGCCACCAACAUACCUGUUGUCCCUGGAGGGUAUCUGCAGACAUUGUUAGAUGCUUCUGACUUGUCAAAUAAUACUAGCAUCUCAUACUUCACUCACCAUUCUCCAGAGCAAAAUGAAGGCAACCUCACUCAAACAGGAAAAUCAUUUGUACCUCUCCAGCCUGCCCAAGACUGUGUCCUUUCCUUACCCUCUGAGUCUGAGCUACAGCAGUCAUCCCAAAACUUCAAAAUGGAAUCAAGUGACUAUGGAAAUGUGUGGCCCAACAAGCCUACUUCUGGUCCCCAAGAAUUCAUGGCUGAAGUCUCAAGGGAGAGAGCUCUAACCCAAUCCAGUGAAUUUGGAGUCUCCCAGGUAGUGUCCAUGGAAAGUAACCUCACAGCUGCGACAUACAAUCCAAUCUGCCUCAGUAGCAGUGGCAGUGCUUGUAACAAGGUCCUAUAUGCCUCUGUGCAAGACAGCCAUCUUCCAUCUGAUGACUCUUAUCAAUUAUGUCACUUUAAUAAUGGAGAGAUCUGCUUUCCUUUCCAGCAAAGCCCAGUGAAUAUGGAAGAUGGUCGACUGUUUAGCUUUGAUUCCAUGGCCCCACUCUCUGUCAAUUCAAGCAAUUAUUGCUCCUUAAGCUUGAAGUCCUGUGAAAAGGAUGCUGAUGAUGAUAUCACUGAUGACUUCCUGGCCCAUUGCAGCCCCAAGUUGGUGAUCCAGCAGAGCACUGAUGAAAUAGCACCACUAAAAGAGUCCACUGACCUCCUAGAUAUCUCCAACUUCACUCCUGACAAAUUCCGCCACUCUUCCCUCUCAGAGAUGUCCCCACCUGACACCCCCAGUAUUUCCCCUCAAAUUACCAGAUGUGAGAGUACAAAAACACUGGGAACACUGAAGGGAUUCCAAGAGAGUAUCCCAGGACCACUGGGCAAUAUGGAGAAGAGCAAGUGGGACUGCAGUACCCUUUCACAGCAAGUCCAAAUAGAGGAUGGAUUUUCUUUAAAUAACCAUCAGUUUCAAUUCCAUAUGUUCAAUGAUGAAGAUUCUGUCAGCCAGUUCAAAAAAAAACCUUGCUCAUCAACAUUUAAUGAUCCAUCUGGUCAAACAAAUACCAACAACAAAGUGCCGAAAUCAAGAAAGAAAAGUUCACCCAACAAGAGUGGGGCUAUGAACCAAAGCUCUUCUCAGAAAAACACCAGGAAAAAAUACCCUAAAGCUGCCAACAAAGGGAUUGAAAAGCCACCUGGUAAAACCUUCCGCCAGGUCCCUAAGUCAACAAAGAAAGGGAAAUACCUGGUUGCAAUCAAUGGAGAGAAAAUGCAAAUUGGCAUCGGCAGUGAGGGAGGUCAAAUCAACCGCAUAUCCUCCACAGGGAAGACACUGACCGAAUGUAUCCAACAUGGUGGUCUUGGGGCCUCUAUGAAGAUACCAAGUCAGAAGGGACUUUCUGGAGACUGGGCUUUGGGGAAAGACAGCAGUCCAAUCUGGAGCGACAUGAGGAUGGGCACCAACACCAACAGCCUCCUAGAUGAUGACCAGCGGGAGUUUCAGGAGCCUUCCUAUAUCUUGUCUAACAUUGCCUCUGGUAUGGCAGAUGUGCAGAGAUUCAUGAUGGCCUCCAUAGAGCCCCUUUGGGAACCCACGCAGCACCAUGGGGAACCCAACAUAUUCUAUUCCUCUGAGUCCAAUAGUCUGAAAUUAAAAACCCUCAAAAUACUGGCUGGGACACCACAGGAAACUAAGAAAAAAGUCAACAGUGGGUCACCAGGAACCACUAAGAAUCACAGACCCAUCAAGGGUGUGAGUAAAAGCAAUGGGAAAGCAGCAAUAGGUGAUCCUGGUCGUGCAAACAUGCCUGGUUAUAAUGAGGACUCUCAGUCUGCCUUCUUUGAUAAAAAGUAUAACAACAUGAGUGCUUUAGGCAAUAAUGGACUGACACACAAAAAGUUAUAUCGUCACAAAUCCAGCUCCAAGGCCCUGAGAGAUGAGAAGUGUAAGGGAAAGCGCAUGGAGCGAGAACAGGUCCACAAGGAUGAAGCUGGGACAGCUUCUUUUGAAAAACUGAGGGAUUCCGACUACAAUCUCCUAAAAGCAGAAACAGCAUUUUGGGUUUUACCUGUAUUUGAAGAAGAGGCUCACAUUUUCCAGAAAGACAUUUGAUGUUUGUAUUUAUUUCUUUCAAAAUAUGCCUUGUGGUAUGUAUGUUGACAUGUAAGUGCUUAAAGAAAAGAAUUUUAAAGUGUGGGAAUAAGUCUUUGGAAGCAAACUUUACUCUGAUAUUCUAUGUAAAAGACUUUAAAAGUCACGCAGUUGCACAAGUAGUUUAUGCACUAUUUAUCCAAGGGGAAAAAAGGAAAACAUUGUGCCAAACUACAAACAAGUGACUCUAUUGUAUAUAUUUUUACUUCUGUCAACAUUUGGUUGUAAGUAUUUGGGGAGUUUGUCCCUGCUGAUUUGUUAGAGACAUUCCAGUGAUUCUUGCUAUUAACCACCCCACUUAUGUGGAUAGCACCUAUAGAUCACAGUGGAAAAAUAUGUUGUGCUACACAGCUUACCAAAACUUAAAGGAUGCUGUUUGAGAUGUGCCAAAUUUCCUUACCUCAUCUCAUAGGUUCACCCCACAUUUUAAAGAUCAUUAACAAAAUUUUAAAUA